AUGGUAUUUACCCUCGUUCUGCUUCUUCUAGGUGGCCGGCAGACUGCCGAGACUGCCGAGACUGCCGAGACUGCCGAGACUGCCGAGGACGAAGCGGAUGAUGGACUAGGUGGCCCCGCGCCCGAGGCGCUCGAGAUGGCCAUCCCAUCUUGUACCUGCCCUGGACGGGCACCGCGUUGUCGCGGCAUUGGUGUUGGAGUUAGUCCCGCGGCAUGCCGCCAACACAGCGAUUAUGAUCGCCAAAUGCUGAGCAACAUUCCCGCCGGCCAAGAAGCUCGACGACGAUAUAGCCGGCCGGCAAAGAUGCCCGCCGGGGUAGAGGAUAUUGUGGGGGGUCGACGGAAGGGGCUCGGCAGCAACAGAGGUCGCCGGCCGGCGAAGAAGGCCGCCAGGGAAACAGAUACCGGCGGGGGGAGGAGAAAGACGAAGAAGAUCAUUAGAAUUUCUUUUGGACUGGUGACUUGA